UGUUUAGCACCGCGUACACAACCAGAAACUUCUGACCAACUCAUGCCAGCGAGUUGCCCACGUCUAUCACUGCGGGGGCAGACGGGAUCGGACGAAACUUUUGACAACUCAACAAAAUGCCAUCUUUCCCCCUCAACCAGUUUGCUGACCUGGAAGAGAUGAUGUGCAAGCAGUUACUGAGUCUCGACUUGAGGGAGCAGAACGGACCACUCAGUCUGGCGAUGAGGACACCAGGAUGCAUCGGUCAGCCACGCAGCAACAUGUCCUUUUCCCUCUCCUCUCUCUCCUGCCUCCCUACUGAGCCUUCAGACGGUGCAUUUCUGACCUCCAGCCAAUGGGGGCAGCAGUCGGAAAGCUCUCAGCCCUCCCAGCUUGCUAAUACCACCCAGUGGGGGAAGUCGGGCUUCCUCGCCCAGCGCUCCAUCAGCAUGGUGGAGACCGGCAGCACCAAAGCAGCAAGUCUAGGCUGGCCCGGAACUGACAUAAUGCACUCCCAAAGUGACAUCAGCCCCACUGCACUGAACACUAGCUCCUCCUCCUCCACCUCAUCCAUUUCCUAUUCCUCAUCCCGCUAUAAGACUGAACUGUGUCGAUCUUUCACCGAGAGCGGCUUGUGCAAGUAUGGCGGGAAGUGCCAGUUUGCUCACGGGAUGGACGAGCUGCGGGAUCUUAACCGACACCCAAAAUACAAAACUGAGCCGUGUCGUACGUUCCACACCAUCGGCUUCUGCCCCUACGGGAUCCGCUGCCACUUUGUCCACAACAACGAGGAGGAAAAGAAACACUCCUUCUCUCGUUCCUCCUCGUCCUCUUCCUCCUCCUCCUCAAGCAUUUCCCAGCAGACGCCCUCCUCCUUCCGCUCGCACAGACCUCCACUCGUCAGACAGAGCUUCAGCUUUAGUGGCUUCCCUUCAGCCCCCCAGCAGGCCCUUCAGCCUGGCCUCAGCGCUCACCCUCCUCCUGCCACUGCUCCUUUCACACGGGCUCCAUCGGCCUCUCCUCCCUCCUGCGCUGACAUUACUGAUCUCCUUUCUCAUGCCUUUCUGGAGAUGGACUCUUCCUUCGAGGCCUCCCCCGCCCACCAGUACCAGCCCCCCAUGGGCCAGGCCACUGCAGCAGAUGCCCGAUCUCCAUUCCUGCCUUCCCCAGACUCUGGCUGUUCUCCGUGCGGGCUGUCUCCGACCGCCUCGCCUUCCCUGAGGCAGAGUCCCAACGCUACCGGGGGCUUUUCCGGGCCACUGGGUGCCCGCUCUCUGUCCUACACCUCUCUGUCAGACCAGGACCAGGACGGAAGCAGCUCCGCCAGCUCGCUGAGCGGCUCUGAAUCCUGCGGAGGAUUUACCGAAGUCAACGGCAGACGUCUGGCCGUGUUCAGUCAGCUCUCUGUCCCUGAGGAUGCUACUGGGUUCUGCCUUUAGGUUGCAGCGUGCUGUGAACACAAACAAACAUUUGCGUACAUUCAUACACAAACAUGCAGACCCAGCAUACUCUCAAAACAACAUAUGCAGUAUACAAACACCCAUGCUCAAGCACUCACAAGAGCCCUAUAAAUGCACACACACCCUCACACACCUCAGACGUUCAUUGCACCUGUGUGGCAUCAAAGGAAGUGACUCAGAUCAUACAGAGCGAUUCAGCUAUAAGAUUUAUGUGGUUAAAAUGUCACCGUCAUGUGCGUAAGGGAAGCCGCAGUGAUGCAGAAAUGUAUGUUGCCAUCAAAACAGAGUACAUAUCAAGAAAAAAGUGCUGGAAGCGAUGGAUGCUUAACCAAAACAGCAUGUUAAGAUGGCAAAUUGCCUCAUAGAUAUUGUAAUCACAGUGUGAUUGGCCUCAGUGCUGCCUGUAAUUGAGUCAAACCACACCAUCUAUAUUACAUUUACUAAUAUCUGAGUGAUCUAAAGAAUGCGACAAAGCCAAAGACAUCUUUGUAGCUCAAAUGUUUUGAUUAUGGUGGUGCAACACACAAUGUGACCAAUGUUUUAGGACUUGUUGAUUUUUUUUUUUAUUGACUGUACACAGUGUUGUGUUUAUAAGCUGGUGAAAUGUUUUUUCCCCUCAUUACUACAGUCUGAGGUUCUGUUUAGAUCACUGGCCUUGAACCCGAAUGUUACAGUUCUUUUUUUUUUUUUUAAACAAUU